AUAUAGCCAUUAAGGAUCUGCUGCCAAAUGCAGAACAAAGAAUGUGUGCAAGACAUGUGCUUGCCAAUUUUUCCAAAAAAUGGAAAGGCAUAGAGAUUAGAAACUGCUUUUGGAGAUGUGCUAAGUCCACAUAUGAGCAGGAGUUGCAAAAAAAUUUGGAUCAUAUGGAGAAGUUAGGUGAUGGAAUAAAUGGAGAUUUGUUGUAUUACAACAUAGAUAGGUGGUCCAAGGUCUACUUUAAAUACCUCAGCUGUUGUGAUAGUGUUGACAACAACAUGGCCGAGAGUUUUAAUUCCUGGAUUUUGGGGCCAAGGCACAAGACCAUUAUCACAAUGCUUGAGGAAAUUAGAGUCAAAAUGAUGAGAAGGGUAGGACAACUAAGAGAGUUUUCUGAGACUUGGAUAACAAACAUCAGCCCAAUGGCUUUGAAGGUAUUGCAAGAGAACACAUCAAAGUCAAUGAAGUGUACUCUUGAAUGGAAUGGUGAAUAUGGCUUUGAGGUCAAGGAUAGCUGGGGUAAUAAAUUCAUAGUAAAUCUGAACAACAAUACCUGCACUUGUAGAUCUUGAAUGCUGAAAGGUAUUCCCUACUGUCAUGCCAUAGCUGCACUUAAUUUCAGAAAAUUGGAACCUAUUCACUAUGUUGCUCAUUGGUACACUAAGGACACUUACCUCAAAACAUACAACACAUUCAUUCAACCUGUUACUAAUAUGGCAAUGUGGCCAAAGUGAACCAAUCCUCCCACCUGAGAUUAAAAAGCUGCCAUGUAGGCCAAGGAAGUGUAGAAGAAAGGAGCAGAUAGAAAACAAGACAGGGAAGCUGUCAAAAAGAGGUGUUGAGAUGACCUGCAGCUUGUGCCAUGCAAAGGGUCACAAUAAGAAGGGUUGUCCUAUGAAUCCACAAUCUGUCAGAGGCAGAGGAAGGGCAAGGGGGAGAGGGACAAGUACUAGUUCAACAAGGUCAAGUGUUUGUUUUUCUACAGUACCAAGUAAUUCCCAACCAAGUAGAGGAAGGGGAAGACCAAAAGGUUCUGCCAAACAGGCCAUGACUGCUACAUUUCAAUCUGGAAGGGGUACAGGACAGUCGUCUACAUCACAGGCUUCUGAAGCAAGUGCAUCAAUUACUCGAAGAGGGGCACCCUUUAAGAGGCCAAGAGUUGUGGGAAUGGGAGUGCUUCAGACCCAAAGUGGUUUCAAAAUUGUCAAUCCUGGAAUGGCAAAUCAGUUUGCAACCAUGCCUAUGAAUUCAACAGUAGUCACUGGUAGUCUUGGACAUCACAAACCAAGACCAGGAGGACUAAAAUGGAAAAGGAGUCCAGCUAUAACACAACAAGCUCUUCAACAAAUGAGUGGACAAAAGAGUGAAAACAAGAGCCAAAGUUGCUGAGUUGAACUCUUUAAGUCAAACAAGUUCAUCAACUGCCCAGAAAUGAAAUGGAAAAUGAAGUUGAAUUAGUUUAGUCCUGUAUGUGCAGGUUUUAAUGUUGUUUUUGUGAAACAUAUUAAGCAGUUGUGACUGCAAUUUUGCCCUGUGUUGACAUUCUAUUCUUGCAAUAUUAAGCAGCUGUGACUGCAAUUUUGCCCUGUAUUGACAUUCUAUUCUUGCAAU